UCUGCAUAUCCUUUCAUAUUUUGUUGCCCGUCUCUCUGGGUCGCCUCCACCUUUGUAGUUUGUAAACAGUAUUGCUGUAGGCAGUUGGUACUCACACAAGUAGCAUCUUUACAGUGCUUGGAACCCUGCCUCUUCUCUCCCCCAGCCUCCUCUCCUGCAUGUAUUGUUACUGUAGCUGAGUCAGCCAUCCAGUAUAAAGAUAAUUUUUACCCCCGACCCCCUUUGCUCUUCUUCCUUGGCUGGGCAAAGUCCCAGCCAGGUUUAUUUUAUAAACCAUUCAAAGCUCAUUUAACAAGCCACAGCACCCAGCAAGCCGCCUUUCCACCUGAGUCCCUGCUGGAAAGCACCGGGAAGAGGCGUAACAGGGUAGGCAUGGAUGAGGAUAAAAGCAACAGAGACUCCAUCCAGAUGAGUAUGAAGGGAUGUCGAACGAAUAAUGGGUUUGUUCAGAAUGAAGACAUCUCAGAGCAGGACCCAGCAGGCUCCAGGGACACCUCACAGCCCGACGCCGUGAGUAUCCCUGCUCCAGAGGAGUCCCACCCCAAGGCCUUGCGGCCCUAUGCGGGGAUGCCUAAGGAGGUGCUGUUCCAGUUCUCCGGCCAGGCUCGCUACCGAGUGCCCCGGGAGAUCCUCUUCUGGCUCACCGUGGUUUCCGUGUUCCUGCUCAUUGGGGCCACCAUAGCCAUCAUCGCCAUCUCUCCAAAAUCUGACUGGUGGCAGGCAGGUCCCAUGUACCAGAUCUACCCGAGAUCUUUUAAGGACAGCGACAAUGAUGGGAAUGGAGACCUGAAAGGUAUCCAAGAGAAGCUGGACUAUAUCGCCUCUUUAAACAUAAAACCAUUUGGGUCUCUUCCUUUCUACAAAUCAUCUUUGAAAGAUUUCAGAUAUGGCCAUUGAGGACUUCAAGAGAUUGACCCUAUUUUUGGAAAUGAAGAUUUUGAGGAUCUGGUCGCGGCCAUAAUGACAAAGGCUUAAAGCUUAAUAAUCGAUUUCAUACCAAACCAUACCAGUGACCAACAUCCUUGGUUCACGAGUAGGAACCAGAGUGGGAAGUACACUGAUUACUACAUCUGGCAGAACUGCACUCAUGAAAAUGGUGUACCCAAUCCUCCCAACAACUGGCUGAGCGUCUAUGGGAACUCCAGUUGGCACUUUGACGACGUACGAAAGCAAUGUUAUUACCACCAGUUUUUGAAAGAGCAACCUGAUUUAAAUUUCCGAAAUCCUGCUGUUCAAGAAGAAAUAAAGGAAAUAAUACAGUUUUGGCUAUCGAAGGGUGUUGAUGGCUUUAGUUUUGAUGCGGUUAAAUUUCUUCUGGAAGCGAAGGACCUGAGAAAUGAAAUCCAAGUAAAUACAUCCCAAAUUCCGGACACUGUCACCCACUACUCGGAGCUUUACCACGACUUCACCACUACUCAGGUGGGGAUGCAUGACAUUGUCCGGGACUUCCGACAGGUCAUGGACCAGUACAGCAGGGAGCCUGGCAGAUACCGGUUCAUGGGGACCGAAGCCUCAGCAGAGAGCAUCGAGAGGACCAUGAUGUACUAUGGCUUACCAUUCAUCCAGGAAGCUGAUUUUCCUUUCAACAAUUACCUCACCACACUGGACAGUCUUUCUGGUCACACUGUAUAUGAAGUUAUCACAUCCUGGAUGGAAAACAUGCCAGAAGGAAAAUGGCCCAACUGGAUGACAGGUGGACCAGAGACUACCCGGCUGACCUCUCGCUUGGGGAAUGAGUACAUCAACUCUAUGAAUAUGCUUCUUUUCACACUCCCAGGAACACCCAUAACUUACUAUGGAGAGGAAAUAGGGAUGAGAGACAUUUCCGUUACAGAUUUCAAUGGAAGCUACGACACUAAUACCUUUCUGUCAAAGUCACCAAUGCAAUGGGACAAUAGCUCAAAUGCUGGGUUUUCUGAAGGCAAUCACACCUGGCUACCCACAAACCCUGAUUACCGAGCUGUGAAUGUGGAAGUCCAAAAGACCCAGUCGAGUUCAGUGUUGAAGAUGUAUCAGGAUUUAAGUCUACUGCGCGCUGCAGAGCUAGUUCUCAGCAGGGGCUGGUUCUGCCUUUUGAAGGAUGACAGCCACUCUGUUGUGUACACAAGAGAACUCGAUGGCGUAGAUAAAGUCUUCAUUGUGGUUCUGAAUUUUGGAGAAUCAUCAACUCUGCUAAAUCUACAGGAAGUCAUUUCAGAUCUUCCUAUGAAAUUGAAAAUAAAAUUAAGUACCAAUUCAUCCUCCAAAGGCAGUGACGUUGACACACGUGCCAUCUCUCUGGAGAAGGGAGAAGGACUCAUCUUGGAGUACAGCAUGAAGACUCUCCUCCACCACCAAGAAGCUUUCAGAGACAGAUGCUUUGUUUCCAAUCGUGCGUGCUAUUCCAGCUUCUUGGACAUUCUGCACAACCUCUGUUAGGAGUCUCCACGUAGGAGAUGGCGGCUCUGUGCCCAGCAUGUCUUAGCAUUUUAUGUACAGCAUGCUGCUGACAAAGCUGCAGGAAUGGCCGGCAACUCUUAAAUUUCUGUAGCAUGAGUGCAAUUGUUUUAGGGAGAUUCUUGAAUGUUUGAAAGAAAAAUAAAGUGUUUAAAAGAUUAUUCCAAAAUUCUAAAGCAUUUAAAUAUGAAGAAUGCUAUUAAAGUGGAGCUGUGGGAAUUGCAAGCUGACUCACUGACACAGUGUCUAGAAAUAUUAACAAGCAAAGAGAACUCUGACUUGUAAACUGGCCAAAGAAAGUUCUAUUAAUAGGCACAAAGCUCUUCUGAUUGAAAUGGAGGCCUGGCGUUCUCCUGCCCAGU